ACUCUGGAGGCUGUUGAAACUGCGGAGAGCGUUUCGAACUUCGUGGAAGUAGGGUAUCUAUCCAGUGUCCACGGACUUCACGGAGAGAUUUGUGUUGAUCCCACUACGGAUUUCCCUGAACUACGAUUUUCCAAGCCCGGGAGAAGAUGGUUGAAGCAAUCUGUUAACGGUAAAGAAGUGAUUCAAGAAGUUGAGUUGCUUGAAGGGAGGGAAAACCCUGGGAAGAGGAGUUGGGUGCUUACUUGGAGGAUUUGAGACAGUUAAUGAGGCGAAGCAACUUAUUGGAUCAGCUUUGCUAGUCAGAGAAGAUGAUAGACCUGAGCUCGAGGAAGGGGAAUUCUAUACUCGUGACCUGGUUGGCAUGAGAGUGAUUCUCAAGUGGGGCAUGUGACCUUUUAAGAGUCAUGCUUACUCGUCAACAGAUGCAAUUGGUGUAACUGAAAUGCCGGUGGUUGAAGAAGC